UGCGUGACAUCCAGGGGACGAAGAGCAUCCCCACAGGUUUGGGUUCGGGCUGCUCUGUGCUCUCUGCUAUGGAGAGAUUUUGGUCAGCCUCUUCAGUCAGGUGCCCAAAUUAGAUCAAAUGGCUGAGAGCUAGCAAGGCACUUUCAGGACCAUGAUGGCUCAGUUUCCCACGGCUGUGAAUGGAGGGCCAAACAUAUGGGCCAUCACAGCAGAAGAGCGGGCCAAGCACGACAAGCAGUUUGAUAGCCUCAAGCCCACGGGAGGCUACAUUACAGGUGAUCAAGCACGUACCUUUUUGCAAUCAGGUCUACCAUCUUCAGUCCUCGCUGAUAUAUGGGCACUGUCAGACUUGAACAAAGAUGGAAAAAUGGAUCAACAGGAGUUCUCUAUAGCCAUGAAACUCAUCAAGCUGAAAUUACAAGGACAGCACUUGCCUAUGGUUCUCCCUCCUGUCAUGAAACAAACUCCAGUACUUUCACCUCUAAUGUCAGCUCGCUUUGGAAUGGGUAGUAUGCCAAAUUUGUCCAUGCCAACAUCCAUGUCUACGAUCACACCGUUAGCUCCAAUGUCUCUGACCUCAAUGACAUCCAUUCCUCCUUUGGUUAUUUCUGCUCCCCUGGUGCCUUCUGUCAGUACCUCAUCAUUGCCAAAUGGAACAUCUAGCCUUCUGCAGCCUUUGGCCAUACCUUUGUCUUCAAUGCAGCCUCAUACUGGUUCCUUAGGUCCCGUGGCAGGAGGGUUUGGUGGAUCUAACAUGCAGAAGGCACAGUCACUAAUUGAUUUAGGAUCUAGCAGUUCAAAUUCUUCCUCUAGUGCUUCGCUAGCUGGGAAUUCACCAAAGAUUGCACCUUCAGACUGGGCAGUUCCUCAGGCUUCCAGAUUAAAAUACAGACAGAAAUUUAACAGUCUUGAUAAAAGUAUGAGUGGAUAUUUAUCAGGAUUUCAAGCAAGGAAUGCCCUUCUGCAAUCAAACCUCUCACAAACUCAGCUGGCUACUAUUUGGUCAUUGGCUGAUAUUGAUGGAGAUGGACAACUGAAAGCAGAUGAGUUUGUCUUAGCCAUGCACCUAACUGAUAUGGCCAAAGCUGGGCAACCUCUGCCACUAACUCUGCCUCUUGAGCUGGUACCACCUUCCUUCAGGAGUGGAAAAUACUCCGAAAAUAUGAAUGGGACUCUGCCAUCUUACCAGCCUGUGCAAGAGGAGGAGCCACAGAAAAAACAGCCAGUGACGUUUGAGGACAAAAGAAAAGCAAACUAUGAAAGAGGAAAUGUGGAGCUGGAAAAACGCCGUCAGGUCCUGUUGGAACAGCAGCAGAGAGAGGCAGAACGUAAGGCUCAGAAAGAAAGAGAAGAGCAAGAACGAAGAGAGAGGGAACGUCAGGAGCAGGAGAGGAAAAAACAGCUUGAAAUGGAAAGGCAGCUGGAGAGACAACGAGAGCUGGAAAGACAAAGGGAAGAAGAAAGGAGGAAAGAAAUAGAAAGGCGGGAGGCAGCAAAGCAAGAACUGGAGCGCCAGCGGCGUUUGGAAUGGGAGAGAAUUCGUCGCCAAGAACUUCUUAAUCAGCGUAACAGGGAACAAGAAGAAAUCAUCAAGUUGACCUCUAAGAAGAAGAGCCUUAAUCUUGAAUUAGAAGCCCUGACGGACAAACAUCAGCAAAUCUCAGGCAGAUUGCAGGAUAUUCGAAGCAAAAAGCAGAUUCGGAGGACUGAGCUGGAGGCUUUAGAUAGAAAAUGUGACCAAGGAAUUAUGGAAGUCAAGCAACUACAACAGCAACUUCAGGAGUAUCAGAAUAAGCUGACUUAUUUAGUUCCUGAAAAGCAGUUGUUAAGUGAGAGAAUUAAAAACGUUCAACUCGACAGCACUCAAAAUGCAGGAAUUGCUUCAGUGCAAAAGAAGUCUCUAGAAAAGGAAGAAUUAUGCCAAAGACUUAAGGAACAAUUAGAUGCCCUUGAGAAAGAAACUGCUUCUAAACUUGCUGAAAUGGAUGCAUUUAACAGUCAGCUUAAGGACCUGAGAGAAAGCUACAGCACGCAGCAAUUAGCCUUGGAGCAGCUCCAUAAGAUCAAACAGAGCAAAAUAAGAGAGGUAGAGAAAAGAAGAGCUGAACUUGCGCAGAAAAAGCGGCUGGAAGAUGAAGCUGCAAGGAAAGCAAAAAGGGAGAAGGAGAACCGAUGGCAGGAAAAUAUCCGAAGGGAAGAGGAGGAGAAGAAGAAGCGGUUAGAGGAAGAGAGAAUGCAGGAAAAGGUUCAGGAAAAGCUUCAUGAAGAGGAGGAGAAAAAUAAGCAAGCUGGGAUCUUGAGAGAAACAGAGCAACGACAGAGACAACUGGAGGAGGAGAAAAGAAGGCAAGAACAAAUUGCAAAAGAAGCUGAGGAGAGGCGUAAGCAGAAUGAAGAAAUAAAAAAGACAAAAGAAGUCACCACCUCUCACGAGACAGAGAAACGCGCUGCUAAAUUAAACAUAAGUGAAAAGUUUGGAGAUCUGUUGAAACCAACAGAGGGUAAAAGUCUUAAGCCACCCUGGACUAAUGAAGGCAACACCAUCAGUGCUUCAGAAUCCAGGAAUUCCGUUGCCUUUGUAAAUUACAGAGCUUUGUAUCCAUUUGAAGCAAGGAAUCAUGAUGAGAUGAGCUUUAAUACUGGAGAUAUAAUUCAGGUUGAUGAAAAAAAUGUUGGAGAGCCUGGCUGGCUUUAUGGGAGCUUCCAGGGACGUAUUGGUUGGUUUCCAUGCAAUUACGUGGAAAGAAUACCAGAAGGAGAAAAAGCUUUGUCUCCAAAGAAGGCCUUACUUCCUCCUACAGUAUCUUUAUCUACUACCUCAGCUACUUCAGAACCACUUUCACCAAGCAAAUCUGUAGAAGAGUCAGAUUACCAGAACGUACAUUUCUCCAGCCUGAACGUUAAUGCAGCGUGGCAACAGAAGUCAGCUUUUACCCGCACUGUGUCCCCUGGAUCUGUGUCACCCAUUCAUGGACAGGGGCAGCCUGUCGAGAACUUGAAAGCACAAGCACUUUGCUCUUGGACUGCAAAAAAAGAUAACCACUUGAACUUCUCCAAAAAUGAUAUCAUUUCUGUCCUGGAGCAGCAGGAAAACUGGUGGUUUGGGGAGGUGCAUGGAGGAAGGGGUUGGUUUCCCAAGUCUUAUGUCAAGCUCUUACCUGGAAUUGAGAAGAAAGAGGAACCAGAAGCUAUUUAUGCAGCAGUAAAGAAGAAGUCCAGUGCACAGCUCUAUCCAGCGGGAGAGGAGUACGUUGCGCUGUAUUCCUAUUCAAGCUCUGAGCCUGGCGACUUGACUUUCACUGAAGGUGAGGAAAUCCUGGUGACCCAGAAAGAAGGGGAAUGGUGGACAGGGAGCAUUGAUGACAGAACUGGGAUCUUCCCCUCCAAUUAUGUCAGACCAAAGGAUCAAGAAGGUUCUGGUAAUGCUGGCAAAACUGGAACAAUAAAUAAGAAACCUGAAAUUGCUCAGGUGACUACUGCUUAUGCUGCAUCAGGAAGUGAACAGCUUAGUCUUGCUCCUGGGCAGCUCAUACUUAUCCUGAAGAAAAAUGCUAGCGGAUGGUGGCAGGGAGAGCUGCAGGCAAGAGGGAAAAAGAGACAGAAAGGAUGGUUCCCUGCCAGCCAUGUGAAGUUACUGGGUCCGAGCAGUGAGCGAACCACAUCUGCUGCCCCCUCAGUGUGUCAAGUAAUAGCAAUGUAUGAUUACAUGGCAAACAAUGAAGACGAGCUCAGCUUCUCCAAAGGGCAGCUUAUUAACGUGCUGAGCAAAGAUGAUGCUGACUGGUGGCAAGGAGAACUCAAUGGUGUGACAGGUCUCUUCCCUUCCAACUACGUGAAGAUGACCACAGAUUCUGAUCCAAGUCAGCAGUGGUGUGCUGAUCUCCAAAGCCUCGAUACCAUGCAGCCGAUGGAAAGGAAGAGGCAGGGCUACAUCCACGAACUCAUUCAGACGGAAGAAAGGUAUAUGGAUGAUCUUCAGCUUGUCCUGGAGGUUUUCCAAAAGCCAAUGGCUGAUUCGGGUUGUCUCACAGAAGGGGAAAUGGGGCUGAUCUUUGUUAACUGGAAGGAACUCAUCAUGUCAAACACCAAGUUACUGAAAGCCUUGCGAGUGCGCAAGAAAACGGGAGGAGAAAAAAUGCCGGUACAGAUGAUUGGGGACAUCUUGGCAGCAGAGCUGUCACACAUGCAGGCCUACAUUCGGUUCUGCAGCUGCCAGCUUAAUGGGGCUUCAUUGCUGCAGCAGAAAACUGAUGAAGAAGCUGAUUUCAAGGACUACUUAAAGAAACUCGCUCUGGAUCCUCGCUGCAAAGGAAUGCCCCUCUCCAGUUUCCUCCUGAAACCCAUGCAAAGAAUAACGCGCUAUCCUCUGCUUAUAAAGAGUAUUCUAGAGAAUACUCCAGAAAAUCACCCAGAUCACAGUAACCUCAAGCUUGCCUUGGAGCGUGCAGAAGAGCUGUGUUCUCAGGUUAACGAAGGGGUGCGUGAGAAAGAGAACUCGGACCGGCUGGAAUGGAUACAGUCCCACGUGCAGUGCGAAGGCCUUGCUGAGCAACCCAUAUUCAAUUCCCUCACAAACUGCUUGGGACCACGGAAGCUCCUGCACAGUGGCAAGCUGUACAAGGCGAAGAGCAGCAAGGAGCUGUAUGGCUUCCUGUUCAACGACUUCCUGCUGCUUACCUACAUGGUCAAACAGUUUGUCUCUUCUGGCUCUGAUAAACUGUUCAGCCCCAAGUCCAACUCCCAGUUCAAAAUGUACAAAAUGCCUGUUUUCCUUAAUGAAGUCCUAGUGAAAUUGCCCACGGAUCCUUCAAGUGAUGAGCCAGUUUUCCACAUAUCACACAUUGACAGAGUUUACACGCUUAAAACUGACAACAUCAAUGAGCGCACUGCCUGGGUCCAGAAAAUCAAAGCAGCGUCUGAGCAGUACAUUGAAACUGAGAAGAAGAAACGUGAAAAAGCAUAUCAAGCUCGCUCACAGAAGACCUCGGGAAUAGGACGUUUGAUGGUGCAUGUGAUUGAAGCAACAGAGCUGAAGGCUUGUAAACCCAAUGGGAAGAGCAACCCGUACUGUGAAAUCAGCAUGGGCUCUCAGAGCUACACGACGAGGACCAUGCAGGACACCUUGAACCCCAAGUGGAACUUUAACUGCCAGUUCUUCAUUAAGGAUCUGUAUCAGGAUGUCCUCUGUAUCACCAUGUUUGACAGGGAUCAAUUCUCUCCUGACGAUUUUUUGGGUCGCACUGAAAUUCCGGUAGCAAAAAUCCGAACAGAACAGGAGAGCAAAGGCCCCACAACCAAGCACUUACUGCUGCAUGAAGUGCCGACUGGCGAGGUCUGGGUCCGUUUUGACCUGCAGCUCUUUGACCAGAAAACACUCCUCUGAGAGCACUUCUUUAAUUUAUGAAGGACAAAUGAAACUGACGGAUUGAACUUUGGGAUAAGAUUCCUUGCCCUAAGCUCCUCAUUAAGCAAUAUAUCUGCUGCUUACCUAUUCCCUCAGUCACUGGUUGCGUUUAGUUCCUUGCUGCGUUCAAAGCUGUCGUUGAUCUAUGCAAACACAGACGUUACUGUGUGUACAGUACUAUAGCUCAGUGCCUUUUUAUUACAUAUAUAUUGUUUUUGGAUGCCAAUGUGUUCAUUUUCAGGGCCAUAAAAAGUAUUAGGUAGAAAUGUGGCAUCAAAACAUGUGUGUAUUUUACCAGAUAGUCUAACGAGCAGACUGACGAAUGGCUUAGUUCCGCACUAGAAUCAUUCUGUUUGAAAUCUGAAAAGUGAUAUCCACUGGAAUCUUCCUGUCUCAGGAUGAUAGUUUUAAAGAUGAAAUGCUGAAGAAGCCUUAGCACUGGAGAGUUCUCCAAUCUAUUGUAUAUUCUUUAAGAAUCAAGUGUAGUUCUUCACUUGACUUAGUUCUGCACUGAAAUCAGUAACUGUAACUUGAUUUUUCUUUUUGCUUCAGUUGGAUGAAUCGUUCUCUGCUGAGACAAUGUCAUUGUAAAAAAAAGAACUAGAAACAAUGUUUUAAAUACUGUGAUCACAAAAAAAUGUGGAAAAAUACUUUCCAGCUUUUGGUUUUCCUGAAUCUAAGUUAUUUGUGUACAGUUCCUUGGUUUUGCAGACCUCCAUGUGAAUCUUGAAGCUUUGAUAUUGCCAACAUUGUAUAUAGAGAGUAAAAUAUAAGUUUAUUAAUGUAAUUUGUCUACAGAUGUCUAUUGAUGCAUAGUGACUUUUAAAAAGUAUAUUUUAUUGUACAAGAGAAUGUGAAAUAAUGAGAAAAACUUACUUAUGAAAUUAAAUUCAAGAGAGGUUUGUUAAAAGUUUAAAAUGUUUGCUCAGAGGAAGCGCUAGCACAGCAUUCAUCUGCAAGAUGAGACUGGCUGCAAGCAAAAACCUUUGGGGCAGCAAAGCUAGGGCUGAUUUAAGGAAGAUUGUUGUAAAGGGUUUGAUACAUGGUAACCAUCGUACUGCCUCCUUCAGCUGCUUUGUUGAAAAAGCACAGCAUGCAACUCUGAACAGCAGGUGCCCUUGUUUUCUGUGGGUGCCGCAAUACCUCCCGGUGUCUGACAGUUCCACACUUGACUGCCAUCUGUGUACCCUCCUGUUACAGAGCUGAGUCAACCUCUGUUACUUUUAACAGUUUUCUGUGGUUCAGUAUUUCUAAUCCUAAAUAAAACUAAAUCUUG